GUUUUUUUCAUUUCGGUUGCUUUAUGGGUUCUUUUUUGUUCUGUCGCCACUCGAAAAUCGAUCGAAUGGCAAUGAUGAUUUCAUGGUCCCUUAUUCCCGUCGCACCAAAUCAAGCCACUCACCGAAUGGAAAAAAAAAUAGUGUAAUACCGAAGAAUAACGUGUGCUUGUAUAUCCGUGUGUGCGUAGCUUUAUUGGAACCUUAUCCCUCAUGUCAACGAAACGGGCUACUUCUUCGCGGUUAUCCGCCGUCACUUCACGUACGGACCAUUCCGAGAGCCCUACCAACGGUAGUCGUCAGCGUCAAUCAAAACGCGACGAAGCUAUCCGUAAAAAGUUGGAGCAAGAACUGUCGAAAAAGCGUCCCGGCUCCACGCGCAUCCGUCAAACACGUAAAAUCGCUGGCACAGUGUCUGCUCUGCGACCGGCUCAAGCAUUGACGGUGAAGGAGAACAUGCUGGUCAUUGAAGCGGCUCAACUCAUGGCGGCCAAACGAAGCGAUUGCGUUCUCGUGGUGGAUGAAGACGAACACUUGAGCGGCAUUUUCACUGCAAAAGACCUUGCUUACAGAAUGGUGGCCGAAUCACUCGAUGCUCGAAAUACGAUGGUGAGACAUAUUAUGACCAAAGGUCCCAUGUGCGUGACGGCAGAUACUUCUGCCACCGAUGCAUUGAAUUUGAUGGUAUCGCGCGGAUUCCGACAUUUGCCGGUAUGUAAUGAAGAAGGCGAUAUUUUCGGUUUGCUGGAUAUUACGAAAUGUUUGUACGAGGCCUUGGAUAAGAUGGAACGCGCUUUUGGAUCAUCACGUAAAUUGUACGACGCUUUGGAAGGCGUGGAAAAGGAAUGGUCGGGUAGCUCAGUGCAACUGGCUCAGUACAUGGAGGCUUUGCGGGAACGCAUGUCCUGCCCUGAUAUCAACUCGGUCCUGGAUGGUUCGUCCCCUGCCGAAGUCAAUUUAAAAACCAAUGUCCGAGACGUCGCACGUCUGAUGAAAGAAUACCACACCACUGCCGUUCUCGUUACCGAUCGAGAAGGUCUGGCAGGCAUCUUCACCACAAAGGAUGUGGUGCUUCGUGUGAUUGCAGCUGGUUUGAACCCAGAGAAUUGCUCCGUUGUACGCGUCAUGACACCUCAUCCUGACACGGCUACACCUCAGACGACGAUCAUGGAAGCCUUGAGACGCAUGCACGAUGGCCAUUACCUCAACUUGCCUAUUAUCGAAAAUGGAACGAUUCUCGGCGUGGUGGACGUCCUCAAGUUGACCUAUGCCACAUUGGAACAGAUUAGUAGCAUCCAAGGUAAUGAUGGUGAAGGACCGAUGUGGGGUCGUUUCUGGGACAGUUUUGGUGCUGCGGAACAAGGUGAAGAAGAAUCGCUGGCGUCUGAUCCCUUGUCGUCCCUUCAGCCUUCGACCAAUGCUAUUUCUCCCGAACCUUCUGCUUCCUUUUCACAACUUCAAGAUUAUUCCGAAAUCACGCCCAAUGAAUCGGCCAGCAUGGUGAACCACGAAGAAUCGCAUUCCGAAGUGACUUCGGCCAAACCCAAAGAAAGCACGGAAUUUGCUUUCAAAUUCACCUCCAUGGGCGGCAAAACACAUCGCUUCGCAGCCCCUGCAGGCAAUUAUGAACAAUUACUCGAUAUCGUUCGUCACAAAGUGCUUGCCGAACAUUUAGCAUUUACAGGAACUGCCGAUGACGGAUCCAAUGAAUGGUUGAGCAUCUCUUAUUUGGACGAUGAAGAUGACGAAGUCUUGAUGUCCUCCGAUGCAGAUAUCCGUGAUGCUGUGCAAUUGGCGCGCAAGAUGGGUCGCGACCGAGUGAAACUGUUUGUUCAUGACAGUGCGGCCAUCAAGGAACAACCUCCAUCGACCCCAAUUCCUUCACCUACCCCUGCCGAAUUCACCGAAAAACCGACGGCAACAGAGGAAGAGGUCAAAGAAACUAAACCAUUGGAAAAAGAAGAACCCAAAGAGGAACAGCCACAGUCGCCGCAGCCGCAGCAUACACGUGAGAUGCCAUCGUCCGAUGCCAACGAUGCUUCCUCUGUACUCGGAUUACCCAAAGACAUGUUAUUACCAGCCAGUAUUGCUUUCCUUGGCGUGGUGAUUGCCGGUGUGUUUAUCGCUUCUCGCAUUAGCUCUUCAUCUCGUUAAAAUGAAGACAAUGAACGGCCGGUAGCUCACUUGAUUAGAGAUUUCCAUAGAUGUAAUUUU